AUGUUUGGUAGCAGCAGUUUUUCCUUGUUCGUUAAUGCUGAGACUAAGUCAGAUCAAGAAGAUUCGCUGGACUUUUCCCAGCCAUGGCAAUUCAGCGAUGUUGUGUUGGUUGUGGAAGAAGACAGAUUUCAUGUUCAUCGCUGUAUUCUCGGGAUGUGGUCCGAAGUGUUCACCAGGAUGUUCACAUCGCAUUUCAAAGAGAAAACCGCUAAAGAAAUUCCGCUUCCGGGAAAGAAAUCAGCUGAAAUUAAAGAAAUGCUGCUGGUGAUUUAUCCAAUGUCUGCGAAACCGAUCUCUGAAAGCAACUAUGCUUUUUUGCUUGACCUUGCGAAAGAGUAUAUGAUGGCUAAGCUUACUGAGAAAUGUGAAACCUAUCUGAUGAAUCGGCUGUUUCCGAGAUUUCGACUCGGAGGGGGCAAGGAUUGUUAUGAGUUAGAGCUUCUGGAGAUUGCUCAAAACCAUGGUUUGAAUAGAUUGCAAACGGCGUGCAUCGAGGCAGCCAAGAAAAUGAAGUUCAAGGACCUGAAGAAUCACAACAUGUACGAGAAAAUCUCUUCUUCUAACUAUCGCAAGAUUGUAGAGGGUAUGUUUGAAAUUUAUGAGAGGGAACUGGCUGGGAGAGGAUCUGAAUGCCCAGUUAACAGCACACGGUUGUUUCAUUUCAGCUCUGUAAAGCAGGGUGGGCUUAAAUUUAAAUAA